AUGGCAGACUCCGUUUCCAGUAAUGGUGCUUCUCUAGGGUUUGAUGUUCACACUCUAUCUCAUCUCAAUCAACUCACACACUUGCAGUCGCAAUUGAAUCGUAAAAGUGUGAGUCCUCUUUCUGAUCCCUCAAGUGUAUUCUUUCUUCAUCCAAGCGAAAACCCUGGGAUUUCAAUUAUUUCUGUGAAAUUAGAUACCAAGAACUAUAAUGAAUGGUCCAGAGCAAUGUUAAUUGCGCUAAAAUCUAAGAAUAAGCUUGGCUUUGUGGAUGGCACAUUACCGAAAUGUAGUGUAGAUGAUCCCAAUUUUUCAGCUUGGGACAAGUGUAAUACCUUUGUUGUGGCAUGGAUUCUUCAAUCCUUGAGUAAUGAAAUUUCAAGAAGUGUCAUUUGGAAUGAUAUAGCUGUGGAUAUCUGGAAUGAUUUGAGGCAUCGUUACUAUCAAGGUGAUAUCUUUAAGGUUGCAGAAUUGGAAGAAAAUUUGUUCUCUUUGAAGCAGGGGGAUUCAAGCAUCACUGCUUACUUUACAAAAUUGAAGGCUAUUUGGGAAGAAAUUGAAAAUUUUAAGUCUAUUCUUCUUUGUGUAGCAUGUGAAUCCAUGUGUGUUUGUGGGCUGGAAAAGCUUCGAAUUCAGAAAAAGGAGACUUAUACUGUUCGAUUUCUUAGGGGACUAAAUGAGCAAUACCACAAUGUUCGUUCUCAAGUCAUGCUUGCUAAACCUCUUCCAGAUGUUAAUGAAGUCUUUUUUUGCUCACACAACAAGAGAGACAUUUGA